UUAGUUCUGAUUUCUGGCGGUUUGUUUUGAACGUCUAAAACCCAGAAUUGUAACAUUUAGCCAAUAUUGUUUUGUACACGAUGGACGAACAAGCCAGAUCUGUUUUAAAUCGGGUAAUUCGCAGAAUACCGAACAAAAAUAUAAAAAAUCUUCUGAGUAAAUGGAAUUGUUUAUCAGCAGACCAGCUGCUAGCUUUGGAUUACACGAAGCCUAAACGGAUGAUAGUUGAACAUAUAAUCGACUGCUGCGAGAACAGCAGCCUUAACCUGAAGCACAUCACAAAUUUGGAAAUGAUCAAUCAUAUAGACAACCCUGAUCAGGGCACUUGGUAUGCUUGUCAGCUUACUGAUGCACAGGAUGAUGCAGUUUGUGUAGAGCUGACACAGUUUAAAGAACAGUUUAAAGCACACUUGCAUGGGGUCAUUCGACAUAUUUCCAUUAAAAUGAAGAAACACGAGGAUGAUGCUAUAUGGAUUCGAAUUGCCUGGGGAGACAAUUUUAGUAAACCCAACCACCUUAAACCAACAUAUGUUGUUCACCACCUGCACACUUCCUACGUGUUUAUUUCAAACCUCAUGGCCAAACACAAAAUCUUCUUAUGUCAGGCACUAGUAGUAGCCACAAGACAUGGCUCUAUAAAAGAUGGUCACCUGAGUACCAGGAGUCUCACUGCAAUGAGGGACUUGCUUCUGAGACGUUAUCAACAGGUUUUUCCAAGUGUUCAGGCAAAGAUACAACAGGAAAGAGACAGUCCUCCAUUGCAUCCCUGUAUUGGAAAGGAACACGGUGACCAUGAAGAGAUGAGACAUCAGAUGGCCUGUGAGGCAUUUGGACAUGGACCUACACCAAAGUUAGAAACGGCAGUAUAUAAACUUGAGACGAGGUACAGAGGAAAUGGCAACCUCACAGUUAGUGACAGAGAGGAGUUCUUCAGAGGAGUAGUCAGGUUCUCCAGCAGCAGUCUGCUAGAGUCCUUACGCAACUGUGUCUCUUCAGGUAUGGCUGAAGGUCCAGUCACUCCACUGCUCUCUGCUAUCACUCGGAGAGGAAGGAAUUCUUUUGUUAUUACAGACAAAGGCCCUGGUGUUUCCAGCCAAGCAUCAGCACCAAGAGCCUGAUGACAAUUGUACUGCAGAGAAAGAUCAGUCGAAGCAGAUGGACACGAUCAUGUAUUGAGCAGCCUGAGUUAUCUGAAACAGCUGGAAUGAUCUAUGACCCAGCAAGGAUAACCUAUUUUUUUACAAUUAACCACAUAAAUGCAGCAUGUAUUAUUUUUUAAGUGUCAUUAUUGCAUGAUUUUAAAUAAACAUUUUAACAAGGAAAAAAAUAUAAACAUUUCUUUCUAAAAACGUAAUUUUAUAAU